GCUGUAGUGUUCUAGGCGGUCUGGACCCAUCCCCGGGCCAGGCCGGGGUCGCUCAGUCUUCCCCUUCUGGAAGAGCAGUGAGGCACUAUGGCUCUGCAGGGCGUCAGGGUCGUGGAGCUGGCCGGCCUAGCCCCGGGCCCGUUCUGCGGUAUGGUCCUGGCGGACUUCGGAGCGCAGGUGCUGCGCGUGGAUCGGGUCGGCUCCCCCGGCGAUUUGAGCCGGUUGGCCCGGGGCAAGCGCUCGCUGGCGCUGGACCUGAAGCGGGCGCACGGAGCGGCCGUGCUGCGGCGCCUGUGCGCGCGUGCGGACGUGCUGCUGGAGCCUUUCCGCCGCGGUGUCAUGGAGAAACUCCAGCUUGGGCCAGAGAUUCUGCUGCAGGAGAAUCCAAAGCUCAUCUAUGCUAGGCUAAGUGGAUUUGGCCAGUCAGGACCAUUCUCCAGGAGAGCUGGCCAUGACAUCAACUAUUUGGCUUUGUCAGGUGUUCUGUCAAAAAUUGGCAGAAGUGGUGAGAAUCCAUAUGCUCCACUGAAUCUCCUGGCUGAUUUUGGUGGUGGUGGCCUCAUGUGCACAGUGGGCAUUCUGAUGGCUCUCUUUGAACGCACACGCUCUGGCAAAGGUCAGGUUAUUGAUGCAAACAUGGUGGAAGGAGCAGCAUAUCUAAGUUCUUUUCUGUGGAAAACUCAGAAAGUGGGACUGUGGGAACAGCCUCGAGGACAGAACCUGUUAGAUGGUGGAGCGCCUUUCUACACAACGUAUAGGACAGCAGACGGGCAGUUCAUGGCUGUGGGAGCCAUCGAGCCCCAGUUCUACAAGCUGCUCAUCAAAGGACUUGAACUAAAGUUGGAAGAACUUCCCGACCAGAUGAGCGUGACUGAUUGGCCGGAAAUGAAGAAGAGAUUUGCAGAUGUGUUUGCACAGAAGACCAAGGCGGAGUGGUGCCAGGUCUUUGAUGGAACCGACGCGUGCGUGACCCCGGUGCUGACCUUUGAAGAGGUUGCCCAGCAUGAGCAUAACAGAGAACGGGGCUCCUUCAUCACUGACGAGGAGCAGCACUUGAGUCCCCGACCUGCACCUCUGCUGUCGAUCACCCCAGCCACCCCUUCUGCCAAAAGAGAUCCUUUCGUAGGAGAACACACUGAGGAUAUACUUAAAGAAUUUGGGUUUAACCAGGAAGAGAUUGACCAGCUGCUUUCGGAUAGAAUCAUUGAGAGUAAUAAACCAAAACCAAAAGCUAAUCUCUAACUUCUAGAUUCACAAUUCAAAUGAAUUUGAGUGUUGCAUUUACAAUGGAGACUAAUACAUAGAAUUGCAUACAUGGGAAUGUGGAAUAGCAGUAAUGCAGGGAUCCAGCUAUUCUAAUCAAGAAAUAUAGAGGAUUGAUUACACAGUGGAUGCAGUCUGAAAAUUAAAAUCGGAGUAUUCGAUUUAGGAAUUUUGGGGGGUAUUUAUAUUAACUUGUGACAAUUUUUCUGCCUUUCAAUUUGCUUAACUAAAUGUGUUUGUUGAUAUUAAAGUGCUUACAUAUCUGUAUUUAAAUUAAUUAAUAUAAUACAUUUUUAUUAAAUAAAGCUUUUUUCUGUAAAGUAGGGUUGUGCUUUCUAGUUUGCAAAAGCUUUAACAAAAGCCCUUUCAAUACCAUUGAAAUAACAUUCUGACACAUUGAAUACUUUUGACUCUACUGUUGUGCUGGCCAGCUCUGCAUUGCUGUGACCAAAGUAGGUGACAGGAACACCUUAGAGGAGGAAAAGUUGAUUUUGGCUCACGGUUUCGGUCCACAUGCGCCAACUCCGUGGCUCUGGGCAGCACGUCCCAGCUGAAGAGCCUGAUGGAGGCGCACUGCUCUGUUCAUGCAGCCAGGAAGCAGAGAGGAGGAAGGAGUGGGGAUCCCAGGGAAGAUGGGCCCUUCCAGGCCGCCCCAGGGGCCCCCCUCCUUCAGCCAUGCCCCCAGCUGUUACUACCCAGCCAGUCCUUGCAAAUGUGAGUGGACCGCUUAGUUACAGCUCUCAUAAUCUAACGACUUCGCCUCUGAACAUUCUGCAUUAGCACGGGAGCUCUGGGGGACCCCUCAUAUCCAAACUGUAACAAAUCUUUACCAAAAUGACUGUCCUUAGGAAACUCUGACCCUUUUCAUCUGACAACCUGCAGUCAGAUUCUGUAAAUUGGGAUGUUAGUGAAUGUUCUUGGAGUUUCCUUCAGAUAACUCCCGCCUCCAGACUGCCGCGCUGGGCUCUCGAGCUGGCUGCUCUCAUCACCACCCUGAGCCCCGUCAUCCACUUCACGUCUGCCAGCCUCUUCCUCCUCCCCCACUGCCUCCUGUUUUCUUUCCCAUCAUGUCUCUCUCCGCCCUGGAAGUCCCUUGGUUUAUGCCUAUGAAAUCUAGAAGAAAAUCAUGAUAAAAACAACUUUUGAAGAGCAUUUCAAAGUCAGGAAGCCACUGGUUGACCAGGGCCUGUGCACACAUACCAGGUUGCUGCCCGGAAAGUGACCUCUUGGACUGGACAUGAGUGAACGACACAGGAAUGUCAACCUACGAACUGGGCCGAGGCCUCCAAGGCCAUUAGCGUCUUCUGCCUGAGGUUGCAGCUGCACCCGUCACAAAUGACAAAAGCACUUUACGCCUUGAGAUCGUCCUCCAGCUUAGCGAGGGACAGCUUAGUGCUGGGACGGCGUCUCUGUACCGUCUUUCUUUUCACGGAGCGUGUGAAGUCCAUCUCUCCUCCCCUCCUCCUUCACUUCACAAACCCCGGGCAGUCUGACCUUCGGAGCGGUCGGAGCCGUCUGGAUCUCUGGAUUCCUGAAUUGGGAAUCUCAGACCCCAAGUGAAAGCCCUUUUGCUUCUGCAGUUUCUGAGUUUGAAUUGAUGGACACUUUAUUUAGGCCCCUGUGCUAAGGUAGCCCUAGGAGAGUGCUGUCCCAACCCUCGUCUAUGAUGCAGCCACCUCAUCACAAGUUGCUCAUUCCUUCACCCUGUUUUAUUUUUCUUCACCCUGCUUAUCACUACUGCCAGCUCUACCCCCUGCCAUCACACGGCGGAAUGGAACUUUACAAGGGAUUUUGGACAUUAGAUUAAUUCCUUAAUCUCUAGUUCUGAGAAUAAUGGCCAUACCCAUGGUGAAAAUUUAAGUAUAUAUUAAACAAAUGCACCUCAAUAGUAAAGUGCUGUCAGUUAACAGCCCGAGUCUAUCCCCUCUGCCCACUCCCAUGACUGUUUUCCUUCAGACCCCUUCUGAUUUCCAGUACCACAGUUUCCUGUGAGUGUGAACAUGCUGCUCUACUGGUGAUCAUCUUGACACCAAACAGGUCUUCUCAGUCCUGCAAAAUUCCUCAGUGGUACUCUUUUCCCCUACAGAAUACAGUAGAAACUCAUUUACGAAGCAUAUCAACCCUUUACAAUAAGACUCUUCAGUCUAUAUCCAAAGGACUUAAAAUCAGCACUAGCGUGACACAGCCACACCAAUGUCUAUAGCAGCUCAAUGAACAAUAGCUAAACUUUGGAACCAACCUCGAUGUCCUUCAACAGAU